AUGGUCGUAGUGGUCGCCCACUUGCUUGCAGGCGGGACUAAGCCUAGCGUCCAUUUGCUGGUACACAACUCUCACCUGUGGCUCAACGUAGCUCGGCUCUGCCCAGCGGCCAAACCCUGGGCAACCGCCUCGAACGGCGGGCUAAACCAGGUGAGGGCGGUAACUCCAGGUGCGCAGGGUACUGCGGACUCUCUCCUCAUCAUCCUGCCUAUUAUUCGGCCUAUUCUUCUCCUUCGUCAUCUUCUUCUCCCCCUCCUUCCCGCCGCCCCAUUCGCCGCCGCCAGACUGACAGGGUGAACCCGCUCACACUGGCAGCCUGGAAUGUUCGUUUCCUUUAAGACAAUCCGAGAAGAAACCGCCCGGAACGGAGGACAGCGCUAGUGGCCCGGUAACUGGCGCGCUUCAAGGUGGACAUUGCUGCACUCAACACGACCCGGUUCUCCCAACAAGGCCAAGUGGAGGAGGUAAGGGCAGGCUACACUUUCUUUUGGAGAGGUCGCCCCAGUGCAGAGCGACGGGGCGCGGGUGUCGCCUUCGCCAUCCGGAACGACAUCGUAGUACGACUGUCCUGUCUACCGCAGGACAUCAAUGAUCGCCUGAUGAGCCUCCGUCUGCCUCUCCGGGGUGGGGGCAAAUUCACCACCACCAUCAGGGCCUACGCUCUGACGAUGACCAGCCCCGACGCCGUUAGAGACAAAUUCUAAGAGGACCUGCACGCCCUCUUGGCGACUGUGUCGAAGGCGGACAAGUUGAUUGUCCUUGGUGACUUCAACGCAGACAUCGGCACAGACCAUGCUACUUAGAGAGGAGUGCUUGGUCCCCAUGGUCUCCUCGGCUCAAACGACAACGGCCUGCUGCUCCUCCGCACCUGCGCAGAACACCGCCUCAUCCUGACAAACACUUUAUUCUGUCUGCCGGAGCGAGAGAAGGUCACCUGGUGGCAUCGACGGUCGCGUCAGUGGCACCUGCUGGUCUAUGUCCUCGUUCGGAGGAAAGACCAGUAGGACGUGCUGGUGACAAAGGCGAUCGCGGUUGCUGACGGGUGGAUCGACCAUCGCCCCGUCAUCUCGAAGAUGCGUAUUCGCCUACAGCCUAGCAGGACCCAGGUAAGCUGAAAAUUGCAUUGUUGUCUUUGCUCGUUCGCCACCCCAUUUCAGCAAUGAGCUAGCUCAACGGCUAGACAACCUUCCAGUCGAUGCCGCCGCCGCCGCCCAUGCAGGCGCAGCCGAGAAUACCUCCGUGGAGAACCGCUGGUGUCAACCGCGAGACACUGUCCAGUCGACGGCGCUCGCCGUCGUCGGUCGCGCACGCCGCCAACACCAGGAGUGGUUCGACGACAACUACGCCGUCAUUAGCAAUCUGCUCGCCGAGAAGAACCGCCCACACAAAGCCAACACAGACUCCCCCCCUGACGACAACAGAGCUGCUUUCUACUGCAGUCGUCGCCACCUUCAGCGACGACUGCGCGAGAUGCCGGACGCCUGGACUGCUCGCAAGGCUGAGGAGAUCCAAGGGUACGCGGACCGCAACGAAUGGAAGACCUUCUUCUCUGCGAUCAAAGUUGUCUACUGUCUGCUGACGAAAGGCAUUGCUCCUCUCCUUAGCGCCGACGGCAGUACCCUCCUGAGUGACAACACACAAAUUCUACAGCGAUGGGCCGAGCAUUUCCGAGGCGUCCUCAACCGUCCCUCCACCAUUUCCGACGCCGUCAUCACCCGUUUGCCGCAAGCGGAGAGCAACACGGACCUCGGCCUCCCGUCAUCUCUCCAGGAAACCAUCAGGGCCGUGCAGCAGCUCUCCAGCGGGAAAGCAUCCGGAUCGGACGCAAUCCCUGCUGAGGUCUGCAAGCACGGCCGUUCUCACCUAAUGGAUCACCUGACUGCGCUCUUCCAGGAGAUGUGGCGUCAAGGUGAAAUCCCGCAAGAUUUCAAAUACUCAACCAUCGUCCAUCUCUACAAACGAAAUGGGAUCCGCCAAGUCUGCGAAAAUCACCGCGUCACCUCCUUAAUGAACAUCGCCGGGAAGAUCUUCGCUCGCAUCCUCCUUAAACGUCUUAAUAAACAUAUAGAAGAGGGCCUUCUUGCGGAAGGCCGAGGCGGCUUCCGUCGUCAUCGCGGGACCACGGAUAUGAUCUUCGCCGCCCGUCAACUUCAGGAGGAGUGCCAGGAGAUGCGGACCCACCUGUACUCUACCUUCGUGGACCUGACAGAAGCCUUCGAAACGGUGAAUCGUGAAAGACUGUGGAAGAUCAUGCAGAAAUUCGGCUGUCCAGAGCGAUUCAUUCAGAUGGUGCGUCAGCUGCGCGACGGUGUGAUGGCGCGAGUCACGGACAACGGAGCUGUCUCAGAGGCAUUCACAGUGACCAACGGAGUGAAUCAGGGAUGCGUGCUGGCUCCCACCCUCUUCAGUCUUAUGUUCUCUGCCAUGCUGAUGGACGCCUACCGUGAUGAACUCCCGGGGAUCCGCAUCGCCUACAGCACGGACAGCCAGCUCCUCAAUCGACGCCGAAUGAACUUCCAGUCAUGCGUAUCCACAACCACCGUUCACGAACUCCUCUUCGCCGACGACUGCGCCCUCAACACUACUACCUCGGAAGAGGAGAUGCAACGCAGCAUGGACCUACUCUCCGCCGCCUGCGAGAACUUCGGUCUGGGCAUCAAUACGGAGAAGGCAGUGGUCAUGCAUCAGCCGUCGCCGAACGCAGCCCCCCCUACAAUGCGCCACAGAGUUGUCAUGCGAACUCGCCAAACCGCUUUGGCACAUCUUUAG